AUGAUAGACGCGCCGUGCGCGCAGCGGCAUCUUUUGCCCUUUGCGGCUAAAGAUACGAUCAGUGCCUGGGACUCGCACCAUGUCACCCCUUAUAUACCCGCACAUAUACUUACUCUACCUCAGUCCCCCGCCUACAUCAAGGAGGGCGAGGACGUCAAGAUCUCUCUUGAUGCCCCCAGGAAGGAAUUCAACUCCGAGACCACCUACGACCACAACACCAACAGCAUCCAGUACUCCACCGUUAACAAGUUCCCUCCCGUCAAGCUCUUGCCCAACUCUGAGCGAAAGAGGAUUCUCAGCACGUCUCCUAAGAUCACUGGUGGUGCCGGUUUCGUCGGUUCCCACCUGGUCGACCGACUCAUGCUCCUCGGCCACGAAGUCACCGUCCUUGACAACUUCUUCACUGGUUCCAGGACCACCGUCUCCCACUGGGUCGGUCACCCCAACUUUGAGAUGGUCCGACACGAUGUCGUCGAGCCCUUCCUGAUCGAGGUUGACCAAAUCUACCACCUUGCUUGCCCCGCUUCCCCUCCUCACUACCAGAUCAACGCUGUCAAGACCUUGAAGACUUCUUUCGAGGGUACCCUCAACAUGCUCGGUCUCGCCAAGCGAACCGGUGCCCGAUUCCUCAUCACCUCCACCUCCGAGGUCUACGGUGACCCCGAGGAGCACCCCCAGCGUGAAGACUACUGGGGUCACGUCAACUGUAUCGGUCCUCGAGCUUGCUACGACGAAGGCAAGCGAGUCGCCGAGACUUUGACUUACGGUUACCACCGUCGUGACGGAGUCGACGUCAGGGUCGCCCGUAUCUUCAACACUUUCGGUCCUAGGAUGAACCCCUACGAUGGCCGAGUCGUCUCCAACUUUAUCAUCCAGGCCCUCAAGGGUGAGGACAUGACUGUGUACGGCGACGGUUCCCAGACUCGAUCCUUCCAGUACGUUCACGACUUGAUCGACGGUCUUAUUCUCUUGAUGAACGGCGAUGAGACCCGACCCGUCAACAUCGGUAACCACGAUGAAUUCACCAUCCUCGAGUUCGCCGAGGCUGUCAGGGACAUUGUCGAGAAGGUCCAGAAGGAGGAGAACAACCCUCUCGCCAAGAGGGUCAACAUCAUCCACAAAGAGAUCCCCAUCGAUGACCCCCAGCGACGAAGGCCCGACACCACCCGUGCUAAGGAGACUAUUCAGUGGCAGCCUAGGUGGAACGUCAGGCAGGGUGUUGAGGAGAUGGUCAGGUACUACAGCGCCAGGAUCAGGGAGGGCGCUAUCUAG